GCGGCCCUGCUUGCCAGCCUGCCCGGCGGCGAGCCCUCCGCCGAGUCCUUCGGGGACGAGCAGUCGCUGGCGGACAUGGCGGAGACGGAGCACGCCGUCGAGCGCGCCGAGGACGGCGUCGACGGAGACCUGCCCGCGUGGGUGCCGGGCGCGUUCGACCUGGCCGGCGAGCUGGCCGCCAACCCCAGGCUGCGGCAGGAGGACCUGGACGAGCUGGCGACCUGGGCGCGCAAGCAGCACGCCCUGCCGGCCAUGCAAGAGGGCGACUUCGUCAAGUUCCUGCACAGCUGCGAGUACGACGUGCUCGCCGCCCAGCAGUGCAUCAACUACUACUACCGGACCAGGUCGACGACGCCGAGCGUCUUCUGCGACCGGGACGUGCGCCUGCCCAGCGUCCGCGCCCAGCUCAACGUGUUGGACUUCGUGGUGGUGCCGAGGCUCGCCCCGGACGGCUGCCGGAUCAUCAUAAACGGGCUGACGGACCCGGACCCCCGCAACUACGUGUUCGAGGACCACCAGAAGCUGCUGCUCAUGAUGAUGGACGCCAUGGUGGCGGCCGAACCCACACUGCCCGGCGUCUACAUCAUCUACGACCUGGACAUGGGGCUCAUCAGCCACUUCUGGAAGUUCGGCUUCUGGCUGCAGAGGAAGCUGUUCGCCUACUUCCAGGGUGGGCUUCCCCUGCUGCUCAAGAGCUGCAUUCUCCUGCACACCCCGUCCUACAUCAACACCGUCAUGAAGGUGCUCAGGAACUUCACCGACAGGAAGCGACUGGACGAGACGAAAAUGUUCGAGGGCGACGAUUUUGCCGAGCUGCACAAACUGCUCCCGAGGGAGUGCCUUCCUAGCGACUACGGCGGCACCCUGCCCUCUCGGAAGGAGCUCCACGAGAUGACCUGGAGACGGCUCGACUCUCUGCGGGACUCCUUCGCGGAGGAAGAGGAAGCGCUCAAGAAGAAAUGAACCCUCUAACUUAACGUCCUUUCUGUGAUGACUGGUCCGAGCCGGACGUACGUCUCGAGAUGUCGGAUCGAGAUAUCGAUUCGAGAUGUCGGUUCGAGAUGUCAGCCACAAGAGCGCGUCAAAAGCACUGUGGGAGUGUCGCAGCGCGCGGCGCGCGGCUUGUCUUGUGAUAACUUAGUUGCUAGGUGUACAUAUCAGUGUUGGUAAUUUGUUGUGACAAUAAAAAUCUUUUGACGUAGUCUUGUCCC